GGCCAUCAGACUGAUCGAUGUGAAAUUUUAGCAUAUUGCCUAUAUUCGCCCAUUGCUUGCAGCCAAUUUUUUAACCUAAGAAAACGAAACAAGAAUAUUAGGAAAGAAAAUUAGCAAAAAUGAGUAUCGAUGUUCGAGACCUGUCCAGCGCCAACGUUACUCGUCUGACGAGGCUCCUUUCCCGGCGCCCGGAGUAUGGCAUCGCGAUUCCAUCGAGGAGAUGGCUCUGUAGGCAAGAGGAAAAGCUCAAGUCUCUUCCGAGCGAGCUGCUUCGCACGUCGAAUCCUUUAAAACGACUCGUUAUAAAAAUCGCCGACAGCAUCGACCCGAACGUGAUAGACCCGAGAGCUAUCCUGUGUAAAACCCACACAACUCUAAAUCCCUGGCUUAUCCGCCGCUUGUUCCUAGCCGUCGCUUAUGAGGUCACCGUCUACACUGACACGCUCCGCUCGUGGAAAGGUAGGAAGGACUUCCCGAUUAUAUCCGCACUUGUUGGGCGCAUAGACGCCAUCGCUGCUCUUUGGACCGAACCAGAUUUGUAUCGCGAGUGUUACGGAACACCCCCUUUUGAGAAUCAUAUGGUCUUCGUCAGAUCUGGUUGUGAGGCGUGUAUCCUAAGUGCCUUGGGUGCUAAUGCUCGCGUACUGGCAGACCUGAGAUCUAUCCUUGUCGAUCGAAUCGAACGACGUUCGCCUCGUCCGGAUAAUCGCCCAGGUAGAGAUCCUAGGCUCGCCCGUUUUGUUGAUGAAUGGAUUGACCAUCUAAAGGAAGAAAGAGCAGCAAAAUGUAGGGCCAUGAGCGAUAAUGUGUUGGCAGAGCUUAGGGCCACGCGAUCUGAGGUUACAAAGUGGCGAAGUAAGCGGAAAAAAGAGUGUAAGAGAUCUAAAGGCGGCAGAAGACCGAUUUAUACCGAACUCAAGAUUACGGAUUCGGGACAUCAGUUGAGCAGUAUUCCAGAUACUUCGCGAUACAGAAGGAGAACGAGGAAUGGCAUUCCGGUAGCCAUGGUCGACCCAGAGGGCGCGGAAGAGCAAAGGAGGAUGGCGAUGUUUAGCAUGACCCAAGAAGCAGAAGGGACUAAGAGCAUCUUCAGGCCGGAUAGCAUGUGCGACUUUUCACAAGUUGGAGCACCGCGGAUGGCCGCCUACGAUCCGACAAACUCGAUGAAUGGAAGGCAACAAGACUCGCACUCUGUCAGUGGUAAUGCCGACAUAUACGACGACUACGAAGAGAUGGACGGCGAAGCAGACUUCGAUCGGAAUCUCGAGGAGGAAGAAAAGAGUCGUAGCAAAGUGACAGACUGGUACGCCACGCGACUAGCAGAGUCCCACGCGGAUUUAUCGGCAGACGACGCAAGAUCAGUCUUGUCUGGAGUCCAUCCAGCAUUCCAGCCGCCAAAAUCAUAUAGCCACCUUUCUGCCUCACCAUUGCCGCUUAGGAUCAAUAAGGAACAUCAACCCAGCGUAGAACAUGCCGACAACCAAAGCGUCUGGACCGAUGUUUCUGUACACACCUUGAACCCCAACGUCGCCGGCCCCGACCAAGACGCACCACCCGUCCCGCGAGUCUCCUCGAUCUACAACGGCGAAAGCAGCAGACAAAACAACACCGACAGAGCCUCCAGAGCCUCCAGAAUCCGCACGCCUAGGCCUAAAUCCUGCAAGCCAGACCGUCCCGUAAGCCGAAACACCACCAGCUCCUCCGUGUACUCCGAACAGCCCCCACCUUCUUCCAUCCCCCCAGUCGACAGCAGACACCGCACCUCGAAACGCACGUCAUCAUCGGCCCCCCCAAAACCGGCGCUCCGGAAAUUCCUCUUCCCCGACGCCUCGGAGAGCGGGUCCCGCGCUUCCGCAACCCAGAGCCAGUACCUCCGCUCGCGCAAGGGCAUCCGCGAUUUCGCGCGCGGGGAUAACCCGUUCACGCGGGAGCCCUCGACGCCGCGGCCUAGCGUUGAUACUAGCACGGCGCCGUCGCUGUCGACUCCGACUUCGCGUGGCAACACGGUUGCGGAUGACUUCGGGCCACCGACUCCGGGCCCGCUUGAUGAGGCGUAUCGCCAGGAGUGGGGGUUCCCCGAGGCUGGGUUUGCGGAUGAUGGGUCGAUUGGCCCGGAUGAUUCGCUUACUGUGGUUGCGGAACGGCGGGCGAGGGAGGAGGCUGCUGCUGGUGGGGAUGGGGUUGGGGAUGUGGAGUUUUCGCCUUGGGGGUGGUUUGCGAGGAAGAGGUAGAACUGCUGCUGGGCUGAGGCUUAGUAGGGGUUUGAGAUGUGUAUGUGUAUAUACUUGAUACUGCGGAAUUUGAGAUCAGUUCGUCCUACACUUCAGGGUUACUUUUCCGAAAAGAAGUGGUACUGCUACUGUUAGUAUAUGGUGGCUUGGUCUAUGGGAUGUAUCGUCGAGACUCGUCGUCCUGUAGCCGCCAUGUCGACUCUUUUCCAUAUUGCAGCGGUCGAGUAGCCAAAUCGAAUCCAUUUCCGUUUCGAUAUACUGUGAUCCGCGAAGACUACCUCUCGGUUUCCUCAGCUACCAGUCGGUAUGCUCACACCCCAUCUCGCCCCCUAGUGCGCCCUAUCGGAAUCGCCGCAUUGAAGUCGCCUCGUGGUAUAUUUAUUUUCUUUCUCUG